AUGGACUCUCGCGUCGUCGAAGAGUUUAUCCGGCGUGUUGGCCAACGGCGAACGCAUCCGCCAAUCUAUCUCCGCACUGCGGCGCUCGUUCUAGAGUUCUGCACCAUCAGGGGUGCAACCGACUGCGAUGACCUGCUGAACAUGGGCUGCCAGGCUAUCCAAUACUGGGCCUCAGUAUUUCAGGAGUUUGAUCUCGAUAGAAGCGGUUUCGUCUCCAACCGCGGCCUGGAGGCAGCCCUCAGAGAGUGCGGUUACCCGGUCACCGGAGACCUCUUGGCUUGCCUGUGCGGCGUCUAUUCCAAAGACGGCCGGGUUUUCGUCGACGUUUUCGUGAAGGUUUGCGCCGUCGUCGGAAGCGUGUGCCCCUGA